CAGGCCCAGUGAAAUCAGAGCGUUGGUGUCGGACACAAGAGAGAAGCUGUUUGUGAAUGGGUUAACACUGGCCGGGAUGAGGUGCUCUGUGCUCAGGGACGAGUUUGCUGUGGCCGACAAUCAGGUGAUGGAUCUGAGGACCAAGAACCCCAAUGGGCCCACAUUCAACAUCUCCAUCUGCAAAACUGAACAAGCUCUGGUCAUUGUCAUGGGGAAGGCCGAGGUGCACGGGGGGUGUCUGAACAAGAAAGUGUUUGACAUGGGCAAGUACCUGAGAUGUUCGGGCUACUGAUCUCCCCCCCGUUACUACUGAUACAUUCACCUGUUCAGCUGCCAACGUCGGACCAACGGAUUCCCCCCCCCCCCCACACCUUAUUUUUCAUUCCCAUGUUUUGUUUUUUAAUGGCCUCUUCUCGCUGCCCCUCCCACUGUCACCGGAAUGAAUGGAAAUUUUUCAGGGAAACAAAUUUAUAUCUGAUUUAAAGAAAAAUAAAGUCUGCUGUAUACAGUC